AUGUCGUCGCGAGUGACUCGCCCUUCGCGGCAGCGCGACUACCACCGCUUCUCGCCGGACUCUCCCAUCGUCAUUGACAACGGCAGUUCCUGCUUCCGAAUUGGGUGCGAUUCCGUUGGCAUCUGGGCGAAGAAACCCUAUUUUUGUUUGGUCGUAUCGAUUUGGUUUUGCAUCCCUUCGUUUUUGUUUGAUAAUCUCUUCUCCAAAACAGGUGGGCCGGCGAGACGGAACCCCGUCUAUCUUUCCGCAAUGUCGUGCAGAGGCCGCGUCACAAGGCUUCUGGUAAAUGAUAUCCUCCAUUGAUUUUUCUGCAUUACCUUCCCUGAUUUCAAUUUUUUUCUAUAGAAGCUACAGUUUGAUGUUAUUGGGUGACCUCUCAUUCUCCUCCACCCUGUGUUGCAGGUGAGACGGUGACGAUCGUCGGCGACUAUGAUCCAUCCUUAAUGAAGUAUUUUGAUUGCACUCGUUCGUCAUUUCGCAGUGCCUUCGACAACAACGUCGUUUACCAGUUUGAAGUCAUGGAAUAUGUAAGUCUUUACUGUUUCAUCUGUCGAAUGAUUCCUCGAGUUAACUUUUUAUAAGUCCCUCCCACAUCACAACCACGCUACUUAUCUCAGUGCUGGCCGAUCAGCUGAUGAAGAUGAUGCUGUGAAAAAUUCGGAUUUUGGAGAGUAACCUGACGAAUUUGUGGAAGGUGAUUCGUAAUUUCCUGGGGCUGCCUUCAGAAAGAUUUCGCAGGAUCGGGCAUAAAAUAAGAAGAUGAGGAAGGAGAGAGAUGAGGCGAGCUGUGGCGUUGACGGGGAAGAUGGGAAGACCGAGGAGACUGUGUCAAAGAUGGUGGAAUUUUAGUCUACCAGCUGAGGGAGUGGAUGGAGAAAGAUACGCCUAGCCCAUGAUAUUAUAGCUGUGUUGGGCCUUAUGGGGUUGAAUGGCACCGAAUCCUCGGUGUUUGUUUGGUUCAAAGGUUGGGAAGUUGAUGGGAGACCAUCUUGCUGUGAGGACGCUGUCUCUUUGUUUCUCUGGUUACUUUUCAAACUUAUCAAUUGGGGUUGUCCACAGCAAGCCUUUAAAUGGGGUUGGGAGGGUGGGGGGGUGGUUACUCUGCGUACUUUGGUUGGUCUCUCAAAACCAACGAUUAGACUUUUUCCUUCAGCGGCCACAACAUUCUAAUGACUUUUUCCUUUAGGGAAUGCCACCCGUGUCAAAAAUCUAAAACUUUUUAUAUUGAUGAAUUGAACUUGAGUUUGGAGACAAUUUUUAAGGAUUGGCGAUGAUGCUAUCUGUUCAUUGAUAUCGUCUUAUACACAAAAGGGUCCAUUUAACGACGUGGAUAAUCUUUAAAUGCAAUGCACAAGCAUUUUAGAAUAAUCCGUGUUGUACAGAUUGUCAAUUAGAAAGAGUUUCUCUUUCAGUGAUAUUUGUCCCCUAUGCUUUUGCCGCUGAAUGACCUGCCAAACAUCACUCUAAGAUAAGCCUGCCAAGAUAAACGUGCCAAAAGUAUCUAUCCUCUUCUGUUUCCUUCAGACCCAAAGAUGUUCGUCAAAAUAUCGAAUUCAAUCUUUAGCACUAACAGCACAAAAACUUUCGUUUAUAAUUUUUUUCAGACGGUGCUGAUUGUACAUGAUUUCCUACUAUUUUAUCAAAUCUCUCUCCACACUUUAUUGCUGAUCCUGGCUUUUUGAUUAAUGCGGUCUGUUUUUAGCACAAAUAUCUCGUCACCUUGUGUCCUGGAUAUCAUUAUGGGAUCAUAAAUAUUUUAUCGGCAUGAUAUUUGUGCACUGUUGUUUAAAUCUUCCCAGGUUCUUGACUAUGGUUUUGAGCGACUGGGAGCAGGUGGCUCAGAGGUAAAUCGGAUAUUCCUUUUCUUUUGCAAUAGUUGCAUUUCUAGGAAAUUUAUCUGUUCAAAUGAAGAUAUCAGUGACCGACUCAUACUUCGGAACAAAGCUGUAAUCGUGAUAUUUCUGGAGUAUAUAACACUAAAGUGACUCCAACUAAUAUGAUGCAGUGAUAACGCCAUAUAACGCUUGUUUUCCGCAGAAGUGUCCGCUGUGACGCAUCUAACGUCCUCACAUGUUUAUGGUCUGUGUGCCAAAAAAAAUUUCCCUGAACAGGUCAAUCAUCCGAUUUUAAUGACAGAAUGUGUGUGCAAUCCAGUAGCUUCUCGCAGCAAAAUGGCAGAGCUUCUUUUUGAAACUUACGGCGUGCCAUCUGUCGGUAUGAGUCUUGGCCAUAUGACUCUUUCUUUGUGGGUGGAUGCUUUUCUUUUUUUAAUUUCUUCGCUCGUUAUUUUCUGACACGUUGAUCAUGGAUUUUAGCAUUCGGCAUUGAUGCUGCAUUCAGUUACAAAUAUAAUCAGCAUCUUGGAAUCUGCAAUGAUGACGGCCUUGCUAUAUGCACUGGAUUAACAACCAGCCAUGUUAUCCCAGUAAGUUACUAGUUGCGAAAGGCAAUUAUAAACCUUUGCAUUCCCCAGAAGUCAUUUUGUGUAAUGUUGCUGCAUUGCUGCCCGCUAUAUGUGGUAUUCUGGUGAGAAUGUAGUCGCGUUUUCAUGGGCUCAACUCUUACCGUGGUAGUUGACCUAAGUUGAUUGCAAUCUUGGCUUUCUCUGCCCAGCCCCACCACCACCACCACUAUUCAGGAGGUUUUACCGAAAACAUAAUCUGCAAUAGCGGAAUAAAGGUUUCUGUUAGCUCCUUUUUCUCUUUAAUGGGCAUUCGUCUUCUUCUUCCUUUCAUCUUGCGAGAAGAAUAGAAGGAUUUAACUAGUUUUGGAAUAAAAAUAUACACUGUUAGAUGGAUCUAUUGGAGUAUAAGAUGGGCUUGACUGUGAAAAUCAGACGAUCUUUUUUCUUUUUAGUGCUGCUGAUGACUCGUAUGAUGUAAAUGAAUUGAUGUUGUAAACAAUUUUGACAAUCUCUCUCCUUUGAUAUAUUUUUUUUCUUCUCUCUCGCUCUCUCUCUCCCUAUCUCAUUCUACGUGAUUUCUUCCAUCGUUUUCUUAUUUUCCUUCCAUUGAUCUCUUGGGGGCGUGAACAGGAACAAAAGGCCCGAGUGAAACCCUGUCCUGGGCAUGUAAGCUUCAUUGCAAUUGACCAGACUGUGCUCAUGAGAAAAUAUCGGGGCCUGGGAUGGAGAACUAGCAUCCUUGGCCCGGCCAACUAUGGAAGAAUCUGACCAACUAGCAAAUGAUUUCCCGUGAACCUGACCCAUCAAAAUAGUUUGCCAACCUCCUGAACUUAAUAAAUAAAAAAUGUAGCUUUUGGUUCAUGUGCAUGUUUGUGCUUAGAGAGGAUGGUGACUAAACUAGGAUCUGGGCUAGGCUUGUGAUUUGGUGGACUUCAGUGAUUUGGGCUUUGACCAGAGAUGGACUCGGAAGUCAGACCCGUUUACCAUAUCGUUCCUAACAGUUUUCUUCAAUCACAGUUUGUUCACGGGGAGCCUGUCGUAGAAGCGUGCUGCAGAACAAACGUAGGCGGGCAAAACAUCACCGAGUAUCUGAAGCAACUUCUUUCACUCAAAUACCCGCUCCACACGUGAGUCUCCGGGAUCAUUAUUUUUGUUUAAUGUGUGCCAUGCUCGUGCCACACAGGACUCUGACCUGGCUGUGUACACACAAUAGGAAUAGCAUCACGUUGGAGAAAGCUGAAGAUCUCAAGAAGGAGCACUGCUACAUCGCUGCGGAUUAUUGCUCAGAACUGAAGUUGUUUCAGGUGAAAGACAGUCAUCUUCUCUCUCUAGAAUUCACAGACGUUGACUUUUCUACUGAACUUUAUUUCCAUAAAUUUGGAUUUCCUUCUAAAAUGGUCAACCCGAGCCACCCUCUGAACCUAUAGUUGUGAUGAUUUCAUCACAACUGUAGGCAAGCUGGGAACGUAUGCAAGAUUUUAAGGCACCAUGAUGAACUGAUGAACUGUUUUCUUCUCGAGCUUUUUUUUAAAAAUUUUGUGCUACCAUGAUUGCUCAAGCUUGCUCAAGCUUGCUCAAGCUUGCUCAAGCUUGCUCAAGUUUUUCUUUUACCUUUUUUUAAUUUUAAGAAAUGGUCAUUUCUGGUUAAUUUCAGAGAGAGACGAAGGAAGCAGAAGAGAAGACCAGAUGCUGGCAGCUUCCCUUCGUCCCUCCUCCUCAAGAGGAGCCACCUUCCGAAGAAGAACUAGCCAGAAAGGCCGCUUUGAGGGAACGACAAGCUCAAAGGCUGCGCGAAAUGGCGGCUGCGAAGAGAUUGUCCAAAAUAGCAGACCUGGAAGCCGACCUUAAUGCCCUGGAGAAUCUUAUGAGCCAACUUGACGCCGCCGAAGAAGACGAGAUCCCCGCAAUACUGUAUCAAAGAGGCUACGCCUCUCGGGAAGAGAUCGAGUCAGCAGCUUCCAAAGCCGCUCAAUCUCUGCGUAAAGUGAAGGGCGAGCCCGUGGACGCCGAGGAGAAAGCCGAAGUUUCCUUGGAAGAGAAGUAUUAUUUGGUCAAUGUUCCCGACAACAUGUUGACUCCCGAGCAGGUGAUCGUUGACCCGGAUCCCCUGAUAUAUCCACGUCGGCUGCUGCGGGCUGCAUUGCUGUUUUUCCUUUCUAAUCCGUUGACUUCAGCUCCACGCCGUCUACUGACCGUUCUUCCUUAUUUGCCUGCGUCGGUCAGAUGAAGGAGAAGAAGAAGCAGAUAUUUCUGAAGACGACUUACGAGGGGCGGAUGCGCGCCAAACAGAGGAAGUUUGAGGAGGAGUUGCAGAGGGAGAGGCAGAAUCAGCUGGAGGAAGAGCGGAGGCUGUAUGUUCUCACCUGCCUGAUAAGAUCUCCAAUGCUCCUUUUUUUCCUUUUUUUAGAAAAGAAAAUAACUUGGCUGGCUCAUCGCAGGGAGAACCCGGAGCUGUACCUGGAGCAGCUCCGCACCAGGUACAAGGAGCUCUCGGAGAAAGUGGAGCAGCGGAAGAGGCCGAAGACCAACGGCUCCCACACCAACGGCAACGGCAGCGUGGGCCGCGGCGAGCGUCUGAACGCGGCCCAGAGAGAGAGAAUGCGGCUCCUGACGACGGCGGCGCUGGACCGGGGCAAGGGCGAGGACACAUUCGGCGCCCGUGAGGAGGACUGGCAGCUCUACAAGCUCAUGAGCAGGGACAACGACGACGACGACGACAACGAGCGCGACGAGGAGGAGGCCGAGUUAGCCCGCGUCGCCUCCAAGCUCCAGGUCCCCUUCUUCGCCGCCCGUCCAGGGCCGAGCUUCAUGCAAAAAAUCCCGUCUCCACUCAUAAUUUCGUUUCUCCUUGUUGCAGGAGAUCGACCCGACCUUCGUGGCGACGACCGACGGCGGGGCCCUGCAGGGGGGCAGCGGCGGCGCCGCAGCCGACGCCGCCCGGGGCCGCCCGCUGACCGCCGAGGACUUCAAGAUCUCGCUGGGCGUGGAGCGGUUCCGCUGCCCGGAGGUUCUCUUCCGGCCGGCCAUGAUCGGCGUGGACCAGGCGGGGCUGGACGAGAUGGCCGGCGUCUCACUCCGCCGGCUCUCGGCGGCGGAGGAGGUCCUCGAGGGGCUGUGCCGGUCGAUCUUGCUGACCGGCGGCGGGUGCCUCGUGCCGGGCAUGGGGCGUCGCCUGGAGGUCGACGUGAGGAAGAUCCGGCCCUUCCUCUCCGCCAUAAACGUGGUGACGGCGGCCGACCCAGUCCUCGACGCCUGGAGGGGCGCCGCCGCCUGCGCCGCGAGCUCCGGUUUCCCCCAGCAAGUGUUCACCAGGGAGGAUUACCUCGAGAAGGGCGAGGACUGGCUCCGCAGGUACAGGAUGAGCUACAUUCUAUGA